AUGACAGCUCCCGCAGGAAGCAGGUCAGGAAAUGGGACUCCUGCUGGUAGCUGGGGAAGGGGGUCAAGGGGGAGGCAAGAGAGAUUGUCUGAGAGAUGCUCUCUGCUGACCAGCGAGGAGGCUGGGAAACCCAGGCAGGGUAAUUCUAGCUCCCGCUCCCUUCCUACCAAAGCCGUAUGCACAGGCAGAUAUUCAAAAAGACUGCGGGGCCAGCUCAACCUGUCCUGUGGGGAAGGCAGCAGAAAGCGCCAGGCAGGGCCUUCUCCAAAAUACCUCCUACCCACCCCAGUCACGGCGCCUGAGAUUCCGCCAUUAGAGUCACGCCAUGUGGACAAAUAUCUUACAAGGUCAGCAUCAAAAGGGAACUUGGGGAUCAUUAGGUCUAACACUCUCAUUUUACAGGAAGGGAAAAUGAGGCCCAGGAACCAAGCCUCAGCCUCCCAGCGCAGGGCUCUUGCUGCCUCCUAG